ACUCACCAGGUUAAGGGAGUAUUAAUGUUUAAGCAGCCUGUUGUAGUUUUUCGUGACACUUAUUGUCAUCGCAUAAUAAUAAACAAUACAUGCCCAAAUCACAGUUACUCGAAGCUGCAACGCAAGUGUACCGUUGCUCCAUUACAUUAUAUACUACUCUGCAUAUUGUGAUGAUGUAGGGUCCAGGCCAAGCUUGUAGGUAUACCAAGUGAGGAUAGAGGGGCCGCAUCCAGAAAGAGAGAGAGAGAGAGGUACAGAUUAGCAGCCUGGCCUUGUUCUACAGCGUGAUUGGCAGACUUUAAGUGGGUUAGAACAUGGAAACAGAUUGGCUUUAUCAUAUGAGACGAGAAAUGCAAGAAGUUCUUCCUGGACUCUUUCUUGGACCAUUCAAUGCUGCUACAAAGUCCAAGUUCAGUAGUCUGUUGGAUCAUGGCAUCACACAUAUUAUUUGUAUUAGACAGGACAUAGAAGCUCAUAUGAUAAGGCCUAAUUUCCCUCACAAAAUCAAGUACCUGAUAAUCGACAUGGCAGAUUCAUGCCUUGAAAAUCUUAUCUCUCACAUAUCUGAGUGCCGAGAUUUUAUUGAUGAAUGUUUGGCAGCUGGUGGUAAAUGCUUGGUACAUGGAAAUCUGGGGAUAUCUCGAAGUGCAGCAGUUGUAAUAGCAUAUGUUAUGGAGAAAAAGAUGUUAACCUAUAAGGAGGCACUUGAGUUUGUCCAGAAUAGGAGAUACUGCAUUAACCCAAAUGAUGGCUUCAAGCAUCAAUUAAUAGAGUAUGAGGCCAUAUAUAAAGCUCAACAGACAUUAAUGAAUGGUCAGUGCUCACAGGAAAAAGGAAAAUUAAAACGAAAGCAUGAUCAAAGCUUUGAUGAAUUCGACCAAGACUCUUCUGAACCAAUGGAAGCAGUGAGUUGAUGUUCGUUUACCACAGAUGUGUCUGUUAUUUUUUUAUAAAGAUUUCCAUGUAUACCUGAAUAAGAUAAGCUUUGUUUUUAUAGUGAGAAUCAACCAAGAAAAUUAUAGUACUGUAAGAUGACAUCAGUAUUAGAAAUUUUCAGAGUGGAACUACUUUAUGGUGUUGGGUCAGAAUUGUACAGGUAUAAUUUUUUAUUGAGAAAUUUUAAGAUAUUUUUCACCAGUUUGGUCAAAGUACGGGAUAUGCAAUCAAAAUAGGAAUUUAUUCAUGGUGUGACAUAAAAUUUAAUUGCUUCACUAUACAAAGGAAGUUUUGGUUCCUACAGGGAUACAAACAUUAUGCCUUUCCUAUGGAGUAUCUCCCUGUACAUAUGCUGGAUCAGCUGCGUAACUGACUAAACAAGGGUGAUACCCAUAUGGGGAAGGGGGAGAGAGGAUUUGUUUUUUUCCAGUUUUUUACUGUGUUGGUUAUCACUUUGCAUUAUUAUUUGUGUUCUUGUGAAUAAUACAUUCUCAUACAUGUAUGGUACUCGUGCAGUUUUUAUGCCAAAAGCACUGGUGUUUUGUGUUUUUUCUUGGUUCUUGUGCUUGAUUUUUGUCUCAUUUUGUGUCACCUGUAGUGCUUCUUUUGGAGGCUCAAAUUGCAGGUUUUGAAACCUACAUCACUUUCACCAAGAGAGGAAGCGGUAAAAAAAAACUAGGCUCCCUACAGUAACUGAGAAAAGUCUAGCCUUCGUUAAGCAGUCAAGGUUUGCUUUUCCCUUCAUGUUGACAGUCUUUACAUAAGCAAAGUUGACAGCAUCAGUACAGCCUCCUCCUCCUUUUACCCUUCCUCCCCACCACAUGUACCCCCUAGGUACCACCGGUUGGUUUAACACAGGGGUUCUCAAAGUGGUCGAUACCGACCCCCAGGGGUCAAUAGGAUCAUCCAAGGGGUCCAUGAAUAGUCAAGGGGGUCAAAAGGGGGCCAAUAAAUAACUAACGUGUCAGAGAAUUAAGUUACAUAUACUCAUACAUCUAAAGUUCCAAACAUUUUUUUUUAUUAGGUGUUACUUCUUUUUUAUCAUACUGAAUGUCAAGUACUUAACUAAUUCUACUCUAAUUGAUUCUGACAUUUUUUUUGAGCCAGUCUAGGGGGUUGAUAGAAAAUUUGAAACUUCAUAAGGAGUUAAAAAGUUUGAGAACCCCUGGUUUAGCAUGUGGAGGUCCUCAACUCUCCCCCCCUCCCUCAACCCUCCACCCCCAGCCAGCCCCUACCACCUCUCCACCUUUCAUGUGAGCAAAGAGAGGACCUCUAAGGAAUGUUACCAGUCUCUCACCACAAUCAUCAUCAUCCUUUUCUUUGUAAUACCAUCAAAGAUCUAAGCACUCUUAACUAAAGAACAUAAUCCCCAUAUCGACACUUCUUUCCCAGGAAGCACAGCAGAUCCAGUUUAUCCAGAUUAUCAAAUUCUGGGCCAACACAGUCCUUCAGUGGAGGGACUUAAUCCUUUCCCUCAUGUCCAGACAAUUCAUAAACUCCAUUUCAGACCAAGGUUACCAAGUCAUCCAAGUCAUCCACUCAAUGGAAAACCCUGUAGGUGACAUUGAGACAAGACCUUACUUCAUCUACAUCUUGAGUCAUUGGAAGGUAUAUAGCAACAAAAUGGGGUGAAAAAGCAAAUAGUAGUUUUCAUGAUGGAUACAUACAGAUUUCCUCUUAAGGAUGGUCCCCCUUCCUUCUCCUCUCUCCCUGGACUCAAUCCUAUGCCCAACAUACCUUGCCAAUCCAACCAAGUCUGAAAUUCUGUGGACAAACGUUGAGACUUGAUAGAAGGGAUUGAUGGAGAUAGGUCAAACCAGGACCUCAGGCUUCUGCAGCCACCUCUUCCCACUGGAGAGAGGUUUGGGAGGAUGGAGGCCUGUUAUAGAUCUCUCAGCUCUGAACAGCUAAAUCAGACAGACACCCCUCAUGAUGGAAACUGCUUGUCCAGUGUUGUAUUCUGUCAGAGGGAAACGACUUGAUCUAGAUCAAUCUCCAGGGUGCUUAUCUUCAUAUCCCUAUUCACCACAGUUCAAUAAGUUCCUUUGUUUCAUGUGACAAGGAGAGGUUUUCCAGUUCAAGGACAUAUGUUUUGGUCUGGCAACGGCCCUUAGAUGUUCACCAGGGUCUUCACACUACUCUCGCCUUGAGUACACACCAAGAGAAUCCUUCUGUUGCAUCAUCAUAAAGGAAGCUUCUAUAGGACAGACAGGGUCUGCUGUCCUUUUGCCAAUUUAGAGAUUAUCAUAAGCUGGUGGAAAUCUGACCUUGUUCCCAAGCAGAGGAUCAAGUAUCUUGAAGUGAUCUUAAACAUCAUGUUGGUGAAGGCCUUUCCAACACCCCUCCAUGGGCAAUCUCAAGGAAGUUGUCAGAUGCUUUCUUGAAUGGGUGAGACUGUCUUUGUUCACUCUGGUGGCAAAUGAAAUGCCAUUGGUCUUUUUCAGACAAGCUGCCACAUUAUUUGGGCCCCCACACCAUUGAAGUUUACAAAUACUUGGAUUAGUGGCCUUCAGGUCACAAUAUCCUUCAGGGAGUGUCAUUUAGAGCUCCUUUGGGUUACUUCAGUUCUCAGACCUACCUCAAAGGUUGGGGAGCUCAUUUUGGAGGCCCCAGAACAUGAACAACUUGCACAUCGUGCCAAGAGAUGAAAGUAUCUUGACUGGCACUCCUCCAGACCUUCCAUCGGCAAACUAGGGAAAAGUCUCCUUGUUGUGCCAACAAGCCAGCUAGAUGCACAAAUAGGCUCCGAUACAUGGGAUCGAGACGAGCCAGGUACAUCUCAGGCAGCAAGACGGUUGUGGCAGACUAAGUGACCCAUUGGAAUGGUAUGGUCCUUCACCAUGCAGUGGCAGAGACUAGUCUAUGAGCAAGGCUGGCGUUACGGUACGGUACAAUUGAUGUUUAAUCAAUAUGUAUGGUACGAAAUUACAGCAAGAUAAUUUUACCACAGUAUGGUAUGGUACAAUGAAGGUAUGGAAAAAGUGGGCAAAUUCCGUACCGUACUGUACCUUAGGCUGAUAUAUCGCUAAGCAAUUAUUAAUGCUUAUUUGGCUGCUUCAGUGACUGCACAAAUAGAUCACUAAGGUACAUAACUAAGGUACAUAACAUUUCAGUUUGUAACAUACUAUACAUGUGUGCAUAUGUUUGGAAUUCCUUAAUUAACAUUUGUACGUGUGUGGAAUUCUUGAAGUAACACGUUACAAACAUUUACAGCAUCAGCCAUGUAAUCCCAUAUUGUCCAUUUGGAACAGCCUUCCUCCACUCUACUUGAUUAUAACAGCACUGAUGAUUUUAUCCUAAGUAUUGAUAUCAUCAUCAUCAUAAUUAUUUUUCUUACAACUGAAUAUAUACAUUUACAUAUAAAGCCCCUUUGCCAAUUUACACCUGUUAACAUUUAAAUUUCAUAAAGAGGGGAUGUUACUGAUGUUAGUUGAGUUUACUUAUAUAGUACAAUAAAAGUACAGAAUUACAGUACCGUACUAUAUGGUACGGAAAAAUAAUUUAGGGUACGGUAUGUAGAAAAACAUUCCCAUUCCGUACUGUAUCAUACUACCAGCCUUGCAUGUGGGGACAGCUGAUACUUGAUUUGUUGACCGCUGGAGUCAAUGAAGUUUCCCAUCUUCAGCUCUCUGGUUCCAGACCCACAGGCAGCAGUCCCAACACCCAUGGGACAUUGUGAAUUUGUACAUAUUUUCCCCGGUUCCGUCUCCACUGAUAGGUACUUAACAGAGUAUUAGUGACCACAGGCCUUUGCAUGACAGUAGCAACCCUUCUCUGGCCACACACCAAGUGUUAUGCAGAACUUCUAUUACCCCUAUUGACAUCAUGAGAACACUGCCACUGUGGCCCCCUUUGCUUGCAACCACACAUCCAAAAAUAUAUUCAUGGAUGGAGGUUAUCCAGCAUCCCUUGAAAAAGAGAAACUUUUCUCAUAGAACAGCGAGGGAUAGGUCUGGUAUCCUGCGCACAACCUCACCCAAUGUCUAAUAAGGUAAAUGGGCCCACCAUCUGUAAUUGGUGUUGUAGAAGGGUUUAAUGGCUAGUCCGUAACCAGUCUUUCAACAUGUAGUGCACCGCUUGUCUUCCCGCAUUUAGACAAGACCUGCCCAUCUUGCCAGUUAAAGUGUUAUCAGGCAGAGCUCGCUCAAGUGAUCUGCUUGUGGGGCAUGGACCAGUCCACCUCCUCAGAAAUAGUGAUGCUUAUGAGAAGCUUCAAAUAGUCAUGUUCUCCUUGAGAUAUCAUACCCCCUGAGUGGGACCUGACAUUUGUAUUUUGAAGCCAAGGACAGAUACCUUACCUCAAAACAAUCUUCUGUUCAGCUCUUGCCUUGCCAAGAGUGGGAGAGUUGUAUAGCUUGUCACAUCUUGUCAGGCAGGCACUUGGUGGUCUCUCUUGUUCUCUUUUGUCCCAGAAUUCAUGGCCAAGAUGCAAAAUCCCUCUGUUCUGGAUCCAAGGUUUGAGUUUCUCAUUUCUGUACGAGCUGAUGCUGUGAAGGAUGACGACCCUCUGACUGGAGUGCAAGGGCUUUUUCAUGACCACAGGACAUUGCAAGGAGGAGGUAUCUAAGAACACCAUUUCCUGGCUAUUGGAAGUCAUCUCUAGAGCUUACGAGGCCCCUAGUUGUACCCUCUAGAAGAACUUUUUGAUCCAACAGGUAAUGAGGACAGCAGUCUGGCAUUAUGGGACCCCUUUCAUUUCAUUCUACUUUAGGGAUGUCAUGUACAAGUCCCUCGACACAUUUACAUUAGCUAUGUAGGGGUGGCCUUAGCUAAAGUUAUUUAACUACUGUACUUGGAACUGUCUGGAUGUCCCACGGGUCAAUAGAGUAUUUUGCAUAGUGUGAAUCGUACAUAAGGGAAGAGAGGGUUUGUGAACCAACCUGUUCUCCUGCACAACCCAACCCAGGAGCAUUCAUGCUCAAGUACAAUCUGGAUCGAGACGAACAUAGUUACAUGGCAGUAUGUACUUGGCUCUACUACCCAUGAGCAUUCAUGCCCAAGUACAAAGCUGGAUCUGAAUGAGUUAGUUAGUAUUAUGAACCAAUUCUACUGCUCUAGAAUGAGAGUUCUUGUCUAACCCCCCUUUAAACAAGGGGGAAGAAACUAGAGUGCCUUUAUUUAAACCCAUUGAUUACAUAAUCCAUGCAAGGCUGCCGACCAAUGGAUCCCGACUUCACAGAGGGAGGUCUGGGUUUUUCAGUAUUAGCCUGAUGUGACUCCAGUCCAUGAAAUGUAGAGGAUGGAUGGAGGGAAGUACUGCCAUUAUCUCUGGGAUAGCGCCAUGGGAUAGUGCCAGCAGAGCAGCAUUGCUCCAUCCUUGGGCCAGUGUCAGUGGAGCUGUUUUGCCCAAAGAGUAAUUAGCUGUAACUAUGGGUUAUACCUCUCACCUGAUUAGUUAGUCUCCAUAUAUGAAAGGCAUAGUAGUUGAAUUAAAUUUAAUAUGGAAGUUAGGCUAAAGGCCAAGCACUGGGACCUGUGAGGUCAUUCAGCACUGAAAAGGAAAUUUCCAGUAUAGGUUUGAAAUGUGUAACAGGAGGAAAACCUCACAGUUGCAUUAUGAAUGAAUUGCUAGGAGGGUGGAAAGUAAGGUGGAAGAGAAUGUGAAAGGAGGUACAGUAAAAGCAACUUGAAGAGUUGGAGCUGGAGGCAGGCUGCAAAGAACUUUCAGUAAUGCCUAUAGUGCACCGCAUGAGGUGCACUGACGGCACUACCUUCCUAUGAAGUGAAAGGCAUAAUGUUGUUGUAUCCUUGAAGAAACAUUUUUUUCUUCUUCUUCCUAGGUAUACAAACCGUAGACUUUCAUAUUGGAGGCAACCCUCUUCGUCCACCCUGGUCUCUCUAGAGAGAUUUUUCAUUUUGGAUGCUAGCAGUAAGAAUAAGAAGCAUAUACUGGGUGAAUGAGUUACAUACAUUGGGUGAGAAUGGGUAUCCUCUAUUCCCCCCCGUGUUUAGUCGGUGUAUGGCUAGUGCAGUACGGACACCAAAGUUGCUCCAUGUAAGAAAGGUUGUGGUUUAUAUACCUAGGGGAAAAUAAAAGUACUUUAAAAUUUUGGCAUAUUUUAUUUCCAGGCGUUAUCCUUACUUCAUUUUUGUUAACCCUGCAUUAUAUGGCAUGGUACUGUACUGACCCACCAGAAGGCACAAAUGAAGUACACAUAUUGUAGUAUUUAAGUGGUAUCUUUCUUUUUCUAUGUUGCUGUCAUUUAUACUGUGAAAUGUUUGUAGAUCUGUAAUUAGAUUCUAGUAUUGUAGAGAAAGUGGAAAGUUAACAAGAGAUGCUUUGAAAUUUUUAUAGUUUUUUAUUUUUUUUACUAAUUGCUAUUUAGAACAUUGCCCGUAAGUCUUUCAGAUGUAAAUCAUUAUAUCCCAAAUACUAUUUUUGUUCUUUCCCUAGCAGCCAUGAAUUUCUGUAAUAAAACUUUUUAAAGUGUG